CUUCUUCCUCUUCAUAUAAUCUGUUGGCUCUAAGUCUCAGUCCCAACUCUAUUCGGGUAGAAAUAUCUCGACCUUGGAAACCCUCGAGGUUACACCUGUUGAUUCUUUGAAGGUCACGGGAACCUAAUUCUGAAGGGCUAAUGUUGAAAUGACUGAUCAUGACGAUCUGUUUGUCCUUUGAUGGGAUUAGUUGUUUUUUUUCCCCUUCUCUGCGUAGGAUUUGUUGCGUGGCUUGUGGGCUUUUCCUCUGUGAAGUAGGACUUAGCAGGCAUUUGAAUUUUACUAUGUCAUUAUUAUCAGUUCUCUAAUUAGUUUGAGUCAAGAUUUUGUUUGUUUAUCGAUAGUCUAAAACUCCUCCGGUCUUCUGUCCUAACAAACGUAUAUGAUAUAGCAAUAUCUGAAAUUUUCAUGGUGGAAAUAUUGUGAUAAGAGUUGCACAGAGCUCAGUGAUAUGAACAACUUGGAGAAGUGUUUGGGAGAUUCAUAGUUUUGAAGUUGGAAGAGAGGAGGAGGAUGACCGCACAGCAACCUCAGCAGCAGCAGCAAGUGGCCAACAGCUUCACCUCACAGUUUGCAGUCAUGUCCAAGGCCCAACUCUAUGAUAUCCUCUGUCAAAUGAAAGCUUUGAUAGAACAAAACCAGCAAGAGGCUAGGCAGAUCCUCGUCGACAACCCUCUCCUGACUCGAGCUCUCUUCCAGGCACAAAUAAUGCUUGGAAUGGUACAAUCUCCUAAAGUGAUGUCCAACACUCAACAAGCUUGGCGACAACCACAACCAUCACAAGUCGGACAGCCACAGAUUGUUCACAGUUUGCAGACAAUGCCUGCUAAAGUUGGAGAACAAUCUGAACCUGGUUCAUCUCAAUCACUGUUAUCAGCUAGACAACAGCAUCCAACACAACCAUCCAUUUCUCUUCCACUUGCAUCUGGUUCAUCUCAAUCACUGCUAUCUGCUAGACAACAGCAUCCAACACAACCAUCCAUUUCUGUUCCACCUGCAUCUGUUCCACCGUUGACCUUCCAAUCGAAGGCAAUGCCAUUGCCACUUUCAGAACCACAAACUAAGGGCUUUCUGAAUCUCCAAGUUCCUUCAGUAACACCUAUACAAUCUUCCCAGAUUCAAAAUAUAUCUCAACCCAACCCUGCUGCUCCACAUUACUCAAAUCUUCCAUCCCAUAUGCCGAUGAUCUCUGUACAUCCACAGCAAACUUUGCAGAAUCCUGGACUUUUCAAUCAACUCCUGCCGCCUAGACAGGUUGCAAUGCAACCUUUUGCUCUUCAGUUUCAUCCACAGAUGCCUCACUUGCUUGGUCUUCAACCAUCCAGUGCACCUCAACAGCUUUUAUCACAACCCUUGUUUCAUUCAGGUAUCACACCUCCAUCGUCCUUCCCACAAGGUCAGGCACCACUUCCAAGUCAGCCACCACAGCAUCUUUAUCAGCAGGUUGGUUCUUCACACGUAGGCACAGAUUAUGGCACCCAAGUCAGCACCUCCAUGCAAAAAGACAGGGGCGCUCCUUGGGUACUUGGCUCCCAACUGCCAGGACUCCCACCGAUGAUUUCUGGACAGAUGGCCACAGGCACCAGUGGCCAGCCACCUCGGGUUCCACCAUUGACACCAGAAAUGGAAAAGGCAUUGCUUCAGCAGGUUAUGGGCCUCACACCAGAACAGAUCAAUCUUCUACCCCCGGAGCAAAGGAAUCAAGUGCUUCAACUACGGGAAAUGCUAAAAUGAUUACAAUAUGGGCCUUUCAUUUAUCUUGCGUGCUUUUGAUAACCGGCUCUCUCCAUAUUUGCUGACCUGAAUCAACAGUGGAGUGCGACUUGCUGCUUCCAAUGUGUUCUACAGUUCAGGCGAUUUAUGUAAGCUGCACUGUAGUGUUCGUUGGCCUAACACAGAAUUCCCAGUGUGUUUUGCUGGUGGCGGAAGCAUCUUGUGUGAGGUACUUCAGGGCCGGUGGUGAUGCUAGGAGUAUAGUUGUCGAAGGCAGACCGAAUUGAUUGGUCGAUUGGGAAUCGAGAAUCCAACGGUUGGCUAGUUACAUUUUUAGAUUGGAUAAAUUUUUUAUUCCAUAUAUACUAAAAUGUGUUUGAAUA